AUGUCAACUUCAUAUUUUAAUUUGAAAUGGAGACAGUCCAUCAAUUAACUUAUGGAGGCCUUAUAGAUAGAAAUGGAUCCCUUGGUUGAGAACCAGAUCAAGCAAAAUCUAAAACUAGUAAGGCCUGAUUAAGAGUGGUUUGUAUACUAUGGCAAAUUAUACCUAUUUUAUGUUGAUGCAUAUAAAUCACUUGAAACCUGUUAUGAUUAAUUGUUACAUCCCUAAAAAAGACGUUUAUUAAAGAAGAUGCUUGAAAAUACCAUGUUAAGAUAAAUUCAAAUCAAGCAGGCUAUGAUAUUCUAUUCAACUUAAGGAAAUGUGAUAAGAUCAGAUUUUGUAAAUUUGCAUUAGGUAAUAUUUGAUGAAAAGAGACUCAUAGAAGAUACUGAAGUUACUUUACCUCAUUAUUUUUCAGAUGAAUAAAAUAGAAAACUUGCUUAUCGUAAAUAGAUGCUUAAUCAUUUUUUGAAUGAAUUUCAUGAUACCACCUAACCAGAGGAAGAAGUAUUAGUAGACAAAGCUGUAUUGGAAAAUAUUGAAUAAGCUAUAUGGUUUAUAUAAAAGAACGAGAGAGGAAGACAAGGUAUUGAGAGGGUGCUUUUAGCAAAAUAAUUGAAAAAGCAGGAUUUGAAGAAACAGGAGAAACAAAAGAAAUUGCAAGAAGGGUUAGAAGUGCAUGAUUCUACUGAGAGAGAAGAAGCCAUAACAACGAUCUAAAAAUAUUAUAGAGGAUUUAAAGCCAGGGAAAUAGUUUGGGAUUUAAGAGAGCAGGAAUCACUAUUUCUGGGAUUUACAUUGGAAAAACAAUUACAAGAAACUGAUGCUUAUAAGACAUAUCAUUUGUAGAGAGAGAAGAUGAAAGAGAAGCAAUAGGAAAGAUUAUAAGAGUAUAAAACUGCCUUAGUUGAAGCAAGGGAUAAUUUGAUGAAUGAUUGGUAAGAUGAUAUCUAAAAUUAAAUGUUGGCUGAAAGAAGAAGAUGGUAUAUGAGUGAAGUCCAGAAAGCAGAAGGUAAAUUAGUGCCACCAAAAGUUGCUUAAUUUUAUAAAAAAGAUUAAGUGAGAUUGCCGUUGACGGAGGAAGAAUAAGAAAUGAUGGAUUUGUUGGAUAAGGAAAAGAAAGCAGCUAAGAAAAAUAAGGGAAAAAAAAAGAAGAAGAAGAAACAAGAAGAUGAGGAUAUUAGAGUAGAAUAAGGGCCUACUGAAGCUAUUGUAAAGAUGCAAGAUUUAAUUGAAAAACAUAAUCAUGAAUGGAGAAAUGAUUAAUUAAAUCCUUAUUAAAAGCAUGAAAAUUCGUUAUUAAAGGGAGAAAUUGCAAAAGGAGUUGAAAAAUAAAUAAGAGAAGUAGUGGAUGAAAUGAUUGACAUGGAGUUAAUCAAUUUAAGAAUUGCAUUGAAGGCAAAGAAAAUGAAAUAUCCAAAAAAAAAGAAAUCUAAAAAAAAGAAAGCAAAACCAGCUGCAAAAGCAGAAGAAGAUGAUCUGUUAGAAGAAGGAGAAAUUAAUUUUGGUUUCAGAAGUGUCGCAAAGAAGAAGAAAAAGAAAUUCCCAGGAGAUAAGGGAACAGCAAAAAAAGAUCCUAGAGAUAUGUUGGCUGAAUUGAUUGAAUCAGGUAUAGCUAAGAAAUUGGAACCAGCAAAAAUUUCAGAUCUCAUUGGAAAUUGUAAUCCUUUAAGAUAAAAAUAAGAAAUGCUAUAAGAAUAAGUAGCUGAUCCCUCAAUUUAUGAUUUAAGGCAGGUUUUAGUAUAAUUUAUUGGAAUGCCAUUAGGAUCUCAAUAUAUUAAGGAUAAUGUCAAAGAAAGUAACUAUGUCUUAUUCUAUGGGCCACAUGGGUCAGGUAAAACACAUGCAGUUAGGGCAUUAUAAACUGAAUGUGAUGCUUUGAUUCUAGACUUAUCGCCUGCCAAUAUAGAAAAUAAAUACUAAGAUAAACCUGAUUAUUUGUUAUCAUUAGCAUUUAAAACUGCUGCCUGUUUCUAGCCUGCUAUUAUAUAUAUUGAUGAAAUUGAACGAAUUUUCAAAGGAAAGAAAAAGAAGAAGAAGGGUGAUUAAUAGCCAUCAUCUGCAGGAGGAAUGAAUUGGGUUAAAUUGAGAAAAUAUUUGUUGAAAUAUGGAAAGUACUUCACUGAAAAGUAGAAAGAAAAUGUUACCAUAAUUGGUUGUAGUUAUGCUCCUUGGAAUGCAAAUAAAAAACAAUUGAAAUCAUUUUUCAAACGAAGAGUCUAUUUCCCUUGUCCAAAUUAUGCUACAAGAAUAAUGAUAUUCUAGAGGUUUUUUGAUGAACGAAAGAUUUAACUGCAUCCCAAUUUCCCCUUGAGCUCCUUGGCUCAUGCUACAGAAGGAUUUACUGCAGGAAAUAUCAAAGAAGCUCUCAGAAAGAUAUUGACAGAGAGACGAUUAUUUUUAUCUGCUGAAAUACCAUAUCGAAUAAGUGAAUUUGUCGAUCCGUUAGCCGUGCAAUAAUCUACGUUUUUGUAACAAUAUCAAGAGUUUCGUAAAUUGCAUGAUGAUCUCUCUGGGAAUAAAGCAAGAAUUGAUAAACUCAAAAAACCAGCUGAUGAUGAAAAAGGAAAGAAGAAGCCUGCCAAAAAAAAGAAAUGA